AUGGAGGAGGCGCAGCGGCUGCUGACGGUGUCGGUGUGGAAGCUUUACCGGUGCCGCCUGCGGCGGGGCGGCCUCCGCCUGCACCGGAGCCUGCAGCUCUCGCUGCUCGUCCGCGCCGCCCGCCACCGCUACCUGAGCGCCCGCGCCGCCGCCGAGAGCCUCCCGGGAGCGGCGUGCGGGCAGAGCCCCCAACGGGAACCGGGCCGGGACCCCCGAGCCGCCCGCUGCCCGGACCCAGCGGAACCGGCCGCCGGCAGCCGGCGGGAAUGGGCGAGCCCCCGGAAGGAAUGCACCGGGGACCGCCCGAACCUCCCGACCGGAGCCCCCGCAAAGAAGCGGAGAAGCGGCGGCUCGGCGGGGCCGGGCCCGGGCCCGGUACCGAGCAAACGGGCGCGGCUGGAAGCGGAGGCGCCGCCGCUGCCCCCGGGGCGCUGCUCGGGGCCGCCCGCGGCCGCCUUCGGCUUCGUGCUCCGGGCCGUGGGGGCGUGCUGA